UCCAAUUAAGAAAAUUUAGCAUAUUAUUCACUUGUGGUUGAUAUAUCCUACAAAGAGCUAACAAUUUCGUCCCAGAAUUUCUUUCGUUUUAUUGAUGGGGUUUUCGGAAUUGUAUUAAUGAAUUGUGGAACUCUUUAUUUCCUACAGGAUAAUUUAGACUUGAGACUUGGUCUCUCUACCGCUCAGAGUAAUGGCUGCUGCUGCUGCUUCUUUUUCUCAAAGGCGCUAUGAUGUGUUCCUGAGCUUCAGAGGAGAAGACACCCGCAAUAACUUCACUGCUCACCUCGACAAGGAGUUACGAGCCCAAGGAAUCGACAGUUUCAUCAAUGAAGAGGAGCUUGAGAGGGGCAAAGCCAUAUCUUCUACACUUGUUGCACCUCUUGAAAACUCCAAGUUUUCUAUCAUUGUUUUGUCAGAAAAUUAUGCAUCUUCCAGGUGGUGCUUGGAGGAGCUGGUGAAGAUACUGGAGUGCAAGGAAUCCAGGGCACAGAGGGUUGUCCCAAUUUUCUACAAUGUGGAUCCCUCAGAUGUCAAAAAUCACAGAGGAAAAUUUGGAGAAGCAUUGGCUAAACAUGAAGAGAAUUUCAAGGAGAAUAUGAAGAGGGUGCAGAUUUGGAGGGAUGCUCUCACUCAAGUUGCCGGUUUAUCUGUUUGGGAUUCAAGAAAUAAGUCAUCAUCUAAGCUUUUCACAUUCUCAUUUUUUAUUUUUUAUUUUAAACAUUGCAAAUUUAAAUGCUUAUUAAGCCUAUUUGACAAAAAUUUUAGAAAAUGUUUCUAA